AUGGCCCAGAGGACAGGACAGGGACGGCAGAGACAUAACGUGACUGGAGGCUUUUCAUCAGUGGUCCUGUCCACAGCCAGCUCCUUCCUCUGUUGGCUUGCCCUGCUGUCAAUAAUGCGGUUGCCAAUGGUAACAGCUGACUGCUGGCUUAUCGAAGGGGAGAAAGGCUUUGUGUGGCUGGCUAUCUGCAGCAUGAACCAGCCGCCUUAUGAGGCCAUCCCCUCCCACAUUAACAGCACCAUUGUGGAUCUGAGGCUGAACGAGAACAAGAUUCGGUCGGUGCAUUAUUCUUCACUCAGCCGCUUUGGCAACCUCACCUAUCUGAACCUCACCAAGAACGAUAUCAGCUAUGUGGAAGACGGAGCGUUCUCAGCACAAUUCAACCUGCAGGUUCUCCAGAUGGGCUUUAACAAGUUGAGGAACCUGACAGAGGGGAUGCUGCGGGGCCUGGGCAAGCUGCAGUAUCUCUACUUGCAAGCCAACCUCAUCGAGACUGUUACACCCAACACCUUCUGGGAAUGCCCCAACAUAGAGAAUAUAGACCUCUCCAUGAACAGGAUCCAGGUGCUGGAUGGCAGUUUGUUCUCUGGUCUCUCUAAGCUGACCACCUGUGAACUUUACACCAACCCCUUCAACUGCUCAUGCGAGCUGCUGGGUUUCCUGCGAUGGCUCUCAGCCUUCCCCAACAGGACCAGUGAGAGGAUGGUGUGCGACUCCCCUCAAGGUUUCUUCGGCUACAACCUCCUGAGCCAGAACCCCCGCAUGCCUACCCAACGCAACGCUCUGCACGUGCUCAGUCUCGUAUGCACGGACGACGGCAGCAGCGUGACACCCUUCAAUUUCAUCGACGUGGCCGAUUCCACCACCCCGUCCCCAGAUUUUGCCUCUCCCUGCGGAUUGGACGAUUGCGCUUCUGGGACCCCUCCUGAUGAGGUAAUCAGCUUAAGCCCGAUUUUCUCUAACACCAAUCCGAUCAUGACGCUAAAGCAGGUGCUUCAUUCAAGCGCUGUGAUAACGGUUCAGAUCCCUCAUCCGUACAGGAAAAUGUAUAUCCUGGUGCUUUACAACAACAGCUUCUUCACAGAUAUCCAGAAUCUGAAAAAUCAAAGAGAGGAUAUUGAGCUAAAGAACUUAAAACCUAACACGGACUACACGUACUGCGUGGCUUCUAUACGAAACUCCCUGCGCUACAACCACACCUGUCUGAUGAUCUCCACUGGCCGCCGGGUUGAGGACGAGAGGACAGCCAAUCAGUCGUCAGCAACCCACUACAUUAUGACCAUUUUAGGCUGUUUGUUUGGCAUGCUGCUCUUCCUUGGCCUGGUUGUCCACUGCCUGAGGAAGAGGAGGAUCAUGGAGGAGAAGGAAAGGAAGAUGAGCAGGAUCCAGAGGACUCUCAUAGAGCUCAAGUAUGGUGGAGAAGGGGAUAUAGAGGGAGGCAGCGGAGGAUCCGUUUCCCAGAAGCUUGCCACUGGGGACAGUCUGUCCAGGAUGCCGUACCUUCCUCAGGGUGGCGAGAUAGAUCCGUACAAGCUGCAGGAGGUGAUAGAAACACCACCGCACAAGCCUGCUAAACUGAACUACAUGGAAGUGAGAGGGUCCGGCAUCGAAAGGGAGAGAGAACGAGAGCGAGAAAGAGAAAUGUCGCCACAAGCGAAUCCCCAGGGCUCAGUAGCGGAGAUCUCAACGAUCGCUAAAGAAGUUGAUAAAGUCAACCAGAUCAUCAACAACUGUAUAGAUGCUCUCAAAUCUGAGUCUACCUCCUUUCAGCAGGGGAUCAAAUCCCCCUCGUCUGCGGGCGGAGGGGCUGUUUCCACCGCAGAGCCACAGCUGGUGCUUCUCUCUGAGCAGGUAGAGAGAGGAGAAAGAGGAGGCGAGUUCCUCUCCCCAGUGUAUAAGGGAGGAAGAGGAGGGAGAGAAGAGAGGGGGAGAAGCUACCAUCAUUCGCUGCAGCGACACCACAGCAUGGAGGCUCCUCCAACCUCCAAAAGGCCCAGCACCUCCUCCUCUCCAGGCUCUGCCCGCAGCCCUCGCUCAUUCCGCUCGGAGGGAGGCUACCACUCGUCAGAGACCCGCUACAUCGAGAGGACCUCACCCGGAGAGAGGGGAGAGAGGGGAGGCGGAGGGGGAGAGGCCAUCCGUACAGUCAACCCAGCAGCGGCUAUCCUACGAGCUGAAGCCCAGAGAAUCCGCCAAUACAAUGAACACCGCCACUCCUACCCCGGCUCCCAGCAGCACCUCCAGGAGCUGCAGCACCACCCCCAGAUCCUGCAGGAGCUCCACCACCACCCAGGGGGCCGUAAGCCCUCUGUGUUAGACCCUCUCACCCUCAGCAGGCAGGCCAAGCAGCGCGAGCUGGCCUACUCCCAGCUCUCGCCACACUACCCGCUCUCGCCCCAGUACCACAACCUGAGCUACUGCUCCAGCCCAGAGGAUGACGAGGAGGAGGAAGGGCUCCUCUGCACCCCGACCCUGGGGCUGUGGGAGAGGUUCAAACUGCACCGCAAGAGGCACCGGCAGGCGUCCAUGGAAGACGAAGGAUACGUGGCAGCCGGACACGCGCUGAGGCGGAAGGUUCAGUUUGCCAAGGACGAGGAUCUUCAUGACAUACUGGACUACUGGAAGGGCGUCUCUGCCCAGCAGAAGACCUGA